AGCCCGAUUGUUAUCAGUGCUGUGUUUGUAUUAACCGCCAUUUCAGCUUUUGAAAUUGAGUAGUUUGAAUGAGGGAUUGUUCUCAGAAUAAAUAAAAUCAUCCAGGAAUUAAAACGUUGUAUUUUUUGGUUCAAUUUAACCGGAAGUGUCAGACCUGUCCAUUCAUUGUUGUGUUUCUGAUGAGCUGUAACUAAUAGCAACGUUGAGGUCCAUAAGGGGAUGCAAAAAUAACGCAGGAAUAAUAUUUGUAUUAUAUUAAAUAAUAAUAAUAAUUUCCUUGUUUAGUUAUUCAUUACUCUGGAAACAUGGCGAAACGCAGAAUAACGCAGGAGACGUUUGACUCGGCGGUGAGGGAGAACAUUGAGGAGUUCGACAUGGAGGAGAGUGAAGCUCUGAAAGAAGCAAUCGAGCAGUUUGAGUCUCAGGGUGUGGACCUGAGUAAUAUUGUGAAGGCAGUACCAAAAGCAUCUUCUCAAGAGACCACAGAUGAUCAAACUCAUGAAGUCCUCCAGGCUCUGCAGUCUCUCAGAAGCGCGUUAGAGUCCUCGUCCACAUCCGUGUCCGAGAGCUUAAAGCUCUUCACAGAGCAGUGCUCCUUCAGCUUUGCUCAGCGAUACCUGGCGGCCCAGAAAGAUGCCUAUCCUACACUCCUGUCCUGCUGCCAGUCUGCUGGUGAAGACCGUGAAGUGCUGUCUGCUACUCUGGCUGCUCUUUAUGCACUCACUGAUGGCCAGCCUGAUCUUCUGGACGCUGAGGGUCAAGACUUUUUGAUAGACACCUUACGCAGCCAGCAGGAGGACCCUGCGCUUACCUGUCUGGGAAUCCGGACGAUGCGUCACUGCUGUCUGAAGCACGAGCAGAACAGGCAGGACCUGGUGAAGGCCGGGGUGCUUAACUUACUCACCAGUGCCAUAACACGGCAUGUUGAGCAGCCUGACGUGGUUAAAGAAGCCUGCUUCGCUCUUAGAGUCAUGACCUUUGACGAUGACGUGCGAGUUCCUUUCGGCCACGCGCACGAGCACGCCAAAAUGAUCGUGUUGGAGCACAAUGGACUGAAGGUCAUUGUAGAAGCUGCCAAAGCCCAUCCCGAGAACAUGCCGGUCCUCAGCGAGCUGUGUGCGACUCUGUCCCGCCUCGCCGUGAGAAAUGAGUUCUGCCAAGACAUUGUAGAUUUGGGAGGACUGAAGUUUAUGAUGACGCUGCUCGCAGACAGCUUGGACUGUCAGGACCUUGUGAAGCAGGUGUUGAGCGCGUUGCGGGCGAUUGCCGGCAACGAUGAUGUCAAAGACGCCAUUGUGAAUGCAGGAGGGACGGAGCUUAUUGUCAUGGCGGUAAACCGGCACAUGAGUAAUGCGCAGGUGUGUGAACAGGGCUGUGCUGCUCUCUGCGUGCUCGCUCUGCGCAAACCCAACAACUGCAAAGUCAUCAUGGAGAAUGGAGGAGCUCUGGCUGCGCUGCAGGCCAUGAAGACACAUCCAGCAGAAGUUAACGUGCAGAAACAGUCAUGCAUGCUGCUCAGAAACCUGGUGUCACGAACACGCGAUUUCAACCAGCCCAUUUUGGAGAUGGGGGCCGAGGCACUGAUCGGGCAGGCCCUGGCCUCGCACAGGGACUGUGGUGACGUGGCGAGAGCCGCUCUCAGAGACCUGGGCUGUCAGGUGGAGCUGAGAGAACUAUGGACUGGCAAGAAAGGAAGCCUGACUAACUAACGCACCAAAAACUGUAGCAGAGGAACUGAGCAGUUCAACUAAUAAUAAUCAUUGUCCACCAUUAAAGAGCAUUCUUCCAAAAAGUAUAGGA